AUGCCACCUGAGGUGCCUCCUUUGGCAAGCCCACACAGCCAGUGGCGCACACUCGAAGGCCAGGUGUGGGAGGCUGUCCAGAACCCAGAUCUGUUGGGAGCAACUUCAGAGGUGGUUGGCCACCUUCUUGAUCAGGUUGAGCAGGGCAGCUUAGGUUGGUGGCUGUGCCAGGAGAUCUUGGCCCUCCAACGUUCUUUUGAUUUGGCUUUGCUCUUGCUUGUUGCUCGGGGCUUUGAAGUUUUGCGCAAAUCGCAGCCACAGGGGCACAGGCAAAUGCGAGUCACAUCUUGCAACAUCACUUCUUGGAGGCCAGAAGUCAAGCAAUGGUUUUCAGCUCAAGGGGAUGUUAUCUUGAUUCAGGAGCACCACCUUUUGGAGUCCCAAAUUGUUGCUGAAAUUUCGUCUAUGGCUGCCAUGGGCUUUGACUCUUUCCUUGUGCCCGCAGCCCCUGGGGAGGGCCGACGGAAUAGCUCUAGAGGCGGAGUAGGGGUUUUAGUUAGAGCCCACCUGGGAGCCCGUUUGCGAGGCCAGUAUACCAACCAAGGUUGCGGUUACGUGGCGGUGACGCUACGCACACAAGGGGCUGACUUGACAGUAGUUAGCCUGUACCUCCAGUCUUCUUCCGGCUUCGGGUCCCCGGUCAACUCUGACAUCCUUGCAUCUCUGCGCGCAAUUCGUCAAUCUGUGAGGGGCCCAAUCCUGAUAGGUGGAGACUGGAACUCGCCUUUGAAGGAUUUGUUGGACACUUCCAUUUUUCAAAGUUUGUCCCUGGAACCAAUUGGGCCCAACAAAGCCACCUGUGGUGACAAUGAGCUUGAUUUUCUGGCUGUAUCACACUGCCUGGAGGGUUUGCUCCGGGUUGAUGCCUCCUGGGAUGUCCCUUUCAAGCCACAUGCAGCAAUCCAAGUUGCCCUCAAUGUUGGCGCUUUCCAGCUCACCACUCCACAGCUUCCCUCCUUUGUGCUUUCCUUCAGGGAAGAACCGCUUGAUUACAUACAGGUUGAGGAGACCCUCGCCUCUUUGCCGGAUACCACCUUUUCGGCUGACCCUCUGAGCAAUCGACUUGCUUCCAUUUCCAGUUCGGUUGAGCACAGUCUUUUGCAAUCGUCCCAGGGUAUUGGUCGCCAACUCCAAGUUGCAUUCCUCCCAGCUGUUCCUCGCAUGUCCCAGCUCGCAUGGGAAGGUUCUUGCCAGGCUUUUUGGCACCGGGUACAAUUUCUGUGCCAGGGAGACCACCCCAAACGUCGAGAGCAAUGCCGGGAGUAUUUGCCGCAGAUCCUGGACCACUGGCAGGGCAACUCGGAGGACGCAGUUUCUUUACUUUCUACGCUCCAGGCCUGUCUCUCGGAGCAGGCUGCUGUUCCCGAGCCCGUCCAGCAAAUAUUGCAGGAGCAAUUUCUGCUGGCCUCUAAAGUUCACCAGGAUGCCCAGACCAAAUCGUACAGGUCGUGGUUGCAGGGAGCCCAAGAAAAAGGGAUGGCCCCCCUUUUCAAGACGAUCAAAAAAGGCGAAAUCACCACUGCACGUCCCUUUCGGGAUCUGUCCGCAGAGGUUCGCGCCCUGGCCAGAACCAAACUAUGGCUCCGCACUUGGAAAGGCGUACUUAGAGUUGAGGACCUUCCUCCUCUUCCACACGCAGAGCAACAGGCUCGCGGAAAGUUACGGGAACUUGCUGCUCAGCAGGUCGCUACCCUGAGCCCCAUUUCCCCGGAACAGCUGCAACAAAGGUUUUCCAAAGGCAGGGUCACUGCCCCAGGACCGGACGGCUGGAGCAAGUCCCUUCUCAAGAAAUUGACUUGGCCAAUGCUUCAGGACAUCGCUGAAUUUUAUCAGGAGCUCGAAAGAGGCCUCCGAGUCCCGCAGCAGUUUCUCCUGACACAAGUUUGUAUGUGGUCCCUGAUCCAAGAGUGGACGGUCUCCUACCAGGCCCUGGCUCCUUGGGAUGCCGCAGUGCCAGGUCGAACAUCUUUAGACAUCGGCAUCCGCCGGCCACUGGCCUUACUCACAACAUCGACCAGUGGCUGGAUGACAUUUCGGCUGACGUGGUAG